UUGGCUGUUUUAGCUGAAUUGGAAUCACUUAACAAUUCAAUAUCAGAAGCAAUGGAUGUGAGUGAAAGUAAAAUAUUAUCAAGAAGAAAAAGAUACCUGAUAUUUCCAGAUGGCAGCUCUUUUCAACUUGUAUUCUGCACCCAAAACCACGGCUACCUCCAGCUCGGUGACAUCGUGUGGAUUGGCAACACGGCUGCCCUAGCAUGGACAUUACCUACGGACCCUUCAAUAUUCGGCUAUUUCAGGGAUCAGUUGAAGGAACCGUACAAUAUAAGGAGACAAGAUACUAAUAAACACAUAUACUACUUAGAUGAAGACGGUAAAUUGGUAGCGAAAGUACCAUAUAAAAGGAAACCUAUAAUAAAUCCGGCGUUUGCAAAACGAAGUAUUCAAAAUAACGAGGAUGAAAAUAUUAGCAUAAAGAAGCAAGUUUUCAUAAAGAAAAUGCAUGAAUUGCAGAAGUCCAGGAGCUAUCUCCAGAAGUUAGACGGGGCGAGUGCAUAUUUCCAUAGAAGCGGCAGGCACAGUUUGUAUAUAAAGUUGGAGACUUUGUUUGAAGCGUUCGGGUAUUCCGGCCGUGAAUGCGUGUUCAGAUUACUAUGCGACGCUGGCAAAGCGAAGGUCCACGAGGAACAAGGGACCUUCCUCCAAGAAUUAUUCACGGCAACAUUCACGUUACCAAAAGGAGAAACGGAAGACAUAUUGGAAUACGACAAAGCACACAACACGCAUAAUGACUGUGCGGAAUUGUACCCAGAAUGCGAGGAUUUAAGCAUAAAAGCAUAG